CCGACCCCGACGAGCCGGGCCGGGCAGGAGCGUUGGCCAAUAGCGGGGGGGGGCUCUGGGCCCGCCCCCGGCCGCAGGUGCCCAAAGCGAGCGGGCGGGCGGUGCCGCCGGUGCCCCCGGUGCGUCCCGUCGGUGCGGAUGGCGGCGCGCGGCGCGGGGCAGUGGCUGCUGGUGGCGGCGGCGCUUUGCGCGGCGGCAGCGGCAGCGGCAGCGGAGCCGUUCUGCCCGUCGUGUGCCGUGGGAAGGGAGCGGCGGCUGCUGGAGGAGGAGGUUAAAAGGCAUCUACUCGAAAAGUUGCGGCUCCGCGAGCGACCGAGGCUCGGCCACGCCGUGCCCAGAGCUGCUGUAGCCCGAGCGCUGCGGCGGCUGCAGGUGGGCAACCCCCGGCGGGGCCCCGGCGACCUCGAGAGGGGCUACGAGAUCAUCAGCUUCGCCGAACCAGAGCCUGUGUCUCCUUCUGGUUUGGGGCUGCGGUUCCAGUUCAGCCGUACACAAGAUCAGGACGUUCACAUCCUGCAGGCUCAGCUUUGGCUCUACCUUCGAGUUCCCCGAGACCUGGUAGCCAGCCUCACCCUGAGAAUCUUCCUUGCCGGUGGGGAAGGUGAUUUGGUGGGAGGCAAUCGGACGUUGCUGAGUGAGAGACGGCUGAGUGCUAAGGGCAGUGGCUGGCGAGCCUUCACCCUCCUGCCUGCCCUGCAGAGUUUCUUUGAUGGGGAGCACAGGACCCUGCGUCUGGAAUUGGAGAGCCGUGGGGACGGAGGUGAUAUCAUGGCAUUCAUCAAUGCCAGCCGCUCCCAGCAGCCCUUCUUGGUGGCCAAGGCAAAGGUGCGAGAGCCGGGACACCACGUGGCAAAGCGCAGCCUCCGCUGCAGCCAGAACUCCAACCUCUGCUGCCGCAAGGACUACUAUGUGGAUUUUCGUGACAUUGGUUGGAACGACUGGAUCAUUAAGCCUGAGGGCUACCAGAUAAACUACUGUGUGGGCCAAUGCCCUCUCCAUGUGGCAGGCAGCCCUGGGAUGGCCUCUUCUUUCCACACAGCUGUCUUUAACCUUGUCAAAGCUAACAACAUCCAGGCAUCGGGGCACUCUUGCUGCGUGCCCACACGACGCCGGCCGCUCUCUGUCCUCUACUUUGAUCGCAAUAGCAAUAUUGUCAAGACUGACAUCCCUGACAUGAUCGUUGAUGCCUGUGGCUGUAGCUAGGGUUAGGGGAGCUGUGCUGGGCACCCCCCUUCUCCAGGACUGUCUCUCUGGUGGUGGCAGCAGAGGAGGAGGAGGGGAGAGCUGGAGGGCUUCCUUGAGCUGGAGUCAGACCGCGGUGCAAUGGACCCCUUUGGAAAUGUUAGGAGGGAGAGGGAGAGAGAGAGAGAGAGAGGGUCUCUUCCGAGGGAGAAGAGGUUGUCUCCAGAGAGCACCUGGGGCACAGAGCUCUUUAGGGACACGUGGGAUAGAGCCAAAGCCACAUUAGACUGCCCGAGUCUGAGCUGUGGGUUGUUGGUGGCUCUGCAUCCCUGCCUUCACUGGCAACCUCCCUCUGGUCCCAAGCUGAUCUCACAUUCUUAUGGACACGUUCCCCUCUGUGGGACAAAGGGGGUCUGCUUUGUUCACAUUCCAGUGUUUGGUGACAGUUUGGGACUCGUCCUUCUUGAGAAUAGAGUGGAAUGUGGGAAUGGGUCUAUUUCCUCCAAGUGGGAAACUGGAGGACAAGAGGCAGUCCCGAUUUUCUCCUCUACUGCAACAAAUCUUUCUGCAUCCAAUUUGGACCUGUUGUUGGGAACAGGUGGAACGAGGCACAAAUAAUGGGGAUGGACAUGAAGGGUAUGAUUUUAAGAACCCCAAACCCACAAGGGUUAAGCAUGGUCCUCGGCUCCCAGGAGGGAUGGAGCUGUGGAAGAUAGACUUGCUUCUUGGUCAGGUCCUGUGUAUUUCCUCUCUCAUUUCCCCGGGUCUUGUGCUUCUCUUCCCUGCUGGCUACCAGUCAGGUCUCUUCCAGCCCAGUGCCUCCUUACAAAGAGGUCCUGACUCAGACUUUGCCUUUAAGACCACACUAAAAGUACAGAUUUUUUUGUACCUCUAGUUUUGUAGCUAUUAUUACUUUUACAGUAGAGGUUUCUGCAGCUGUUGGGAUUCCCUGGUGCUCCAUCCUGUCUACCCACCUCGCUACUGAAGGCCCUCGCUUUGCCUUUCCCAUAGUCACGUAUGCAAUGCACCCACACAGCCCGUGCUUUUAAUUUAUUUUAAGACUUUGG